AGGUGGCCAGGGAUGUGGAUGGCCAGGGGAACUACGUGAUGCUGACCCACAAACAUGUUGCUAAUCUGCACCCGUCCUCUGUGUACUACAACCGAUCACCUCCGCCCAGCUGGGUCCUGUAUCAUGAUUUCAGCAUUUCUCAAGAUAACUGCAUCAGUGUGGCCACAGAAAUACUCCCCGAAAUGUGAGCACCCCCUUUCCACAAGUCCCCAGAUGCCGACUCGAUGAGUCCAGUUCCUUUAUCCCCAAACAGUGACCUCAUCCCAGGCCAUGUAAACCAAUAUGAAGCCCCAUGCCCGGAACCUAGGGAUUUGCUUACUCAGCAGUAAAUUAUUGUGCAAUGGCAAUUGGAUUUCAAAAAUUGGGAUAAAAUAUCCAAAUUGGCAAAUAUGUUUAAUUCUGCCAACCAGGAAUUGUACACCUCUCUUCUUACUCGUUCACUCACUUUUUCUUGUAUCUCUUUGGUAAUUCUGAUGACUAGGUAUUUGUCUUUCUUUCUUCCCCUGUGUUUUCUAAUAUAAUGUCACUUCCCUUUUCCUCCUUUCUCUGUCUGUCCUAAUAUGAUGUCACUUUCCUUUUCCUCCUUUCUGUCCUAAUGUGAUGUCACCUCCCUUUUCCUCCUUUCUGUCCUAAUAGGAUGUCACCUCCCUUUUCCUCCUUUCUGUCCUAAUGUGAUGUCACCUCCCUUUUCCUCCUUUCUGUCCUAAUGUGAUGUCACCUCCCUUUUCCUCCUUUCUCUGUCUCUCCUGAUCUGAUGUGACCAGCCUUUUCCAUCGGUCUCUGUCUUAAGGUGGUCUCUGUCUUAAGGUGGUCUCUGUCUUAAGGUGGAUCUGAUGUGACCAGCCUUUUCCUCCUUUCUCUGUCUCUCCUGAUCUGAUGUGACCAGCCUUUUCCAUUGGUCUCUGUCUUAAGGUGGUUUCACCCCCCUUUUCCUCCUUUCUCUGUCUCUCCUGAUGUGAUGUUAACUCAAUUUUCCUCCUGUUUCUCCCCCUACCUUCCUGUUUACAUUCCUUAUGUGCUGUAACCUCUCAUUCUUUCUUGUCUCUUUUAGUCAUGGUGGGUGGUGAGACACUUUCUUUUGUUAUCCUAAAUAAGGCAGAUUCUUCUCUCAGUUUUUCAUCUUUCUACUUGAUUUUUUAUCUCUUCUUACUUUUCAGGUUGGUAGAAUGUGCUCCCCAAUAUUACCUCAGUAACCUACCAGCCAGCGAGAGCCGAGACCUGCUCAUGGAACUGAGAGAAAAACUGCAGGAGGAGGAGGCCCUGGGGGCCCCAGGUGGAGCAGGCGAGGAUCCUCUGGCUCUAGGGGAGGAAGCAGAAAAGGACACCUGCUGUCUGCAGUGAACCUUCUAACCAGACGUUUUCUUAAAAAGUCCACUGUACGAAGCCAAGGAUAUUGCUACCAAUAUCUAUGUAAGGACCCUGCUUAUCAUAUCUCCAGUUCCAGAUUGGUGAACGAUACAAACUAGUUUGAGCUUUCUUGUGUUUAAGUUGGAGGAUGUAUCACACUGGCAGGAAGAGAAAGUUAAGAAAUCAUAAUGGCAAGCUCUGGUGCAGGUCCUCAGGCUGCUCAUUGGAUUUUAUGAAGACUGAGGCACUAAGAGGGCUCCACAAUGACUGGGGCUGUUACUCCAUUUUAGCCAUGUGCGAUCACUAGAUAAAAACAUCUAGAUUUUGUUUUGGUUUAGCCCUUGGCUGUAUAUCACACCUGGCUGUAUGUCCUGCUUCAGGAAGAAAACCACCAUCUAUAAGAGCUGGGUCAACAUUGGUCUUCUUAUGGAAUGCUAGUGAAUGUGUGCACUACUUGUUUGUAAAUUGGGCUGUGACUAACCAGGACUUGCUUUGGGCUACCAUAUAAUGCUGAGGUAAUCGGGGAUUACCUUUUUCCAGGGGGAGUAGGGGGAGACUUGAUUUGGAUAAUUCAUUUCUCAAGCGUCUAGAAGUUACCUACCACGAUCAGGUGUCAAAACACAAAAAUCUUACAAUGUAAAGCUACCCAAACAAGACAACUACACAUAAUGUAAAAACCUAAUAAGACCCCACCGUUCCUAUGAUUUGUGCAAUAUAUAAUAUAUUCAACACGGGUGACAUCUUCAAAAACUCUAAAUAAAUGUUGUCUAAUUAAA